AUGAAAGGAGUACGAAGGGGAUGGUCAGAAUGCAUCGAAAGAACAGCACAAUCAAUCAUGAUCACAUCAAUCGAUCGAUCAUUUGAUCAUCAUUCCGAUGGAGAACAUCAAGCAAUACCGAUUUGUCGAAAGCGGGCCAGAACAUUGACGGGUGAUAGUGGGAAAAGGUUUUGUCAGGUGAGUCAAGACGAAUCUUUCUUGUCCACCGAAUGGAUCGAUGAGGAAAAACGGGGGCUCGAAAAAGCCGCUUCGGCAGAGAUUUUGGAGAACUUUGGUGAUGAAAAGAUCCCAUCAACUUCGAGAGCCCAAAAUCCAGCUCUGAACGAUGAGACUCUUGCCGUAAAGCGGAAAAAUUUUUCGGAAAGUCGACGAAAGAAAGUUUUACAAAGAAUUCAAAGGCCAAAUUCAGCCCUUUCCAUGACACCGAUUCGUUGCAAAACACCAAAUUCGAUAAAAGAGAUUGAAAAUGUGAUGAUUGAAUCAUCAGCAAAGGAGAACAUUCAUUUAAUGAGGAAUCUUCAAGAAAUCUUGACAAAAACAAAUCCUCAACCACAGAAUCGAACCUUAGAUCUACCGCCUUCAAUAAGUCAACGAUUUUCGAGAUCAAACCUAAAGAAACGAUCGGAUAGUAUGGGAAAUGAGGAACAAGAUGAGGGAAUCAAAGUGAAACAGUGCAGAAGAGAGAGGAGAAACUCCUCAGCACCGGCUGUCCAGAAUCGUCUAAUGCGUCGCAGAAAUGCCAUGUAUUUGCUGGUGAAAAAAAUUGAGACUCCGCCUACUUCGUCGGAUGAAUUUAUUGAAGAGCUUUUUUGCGAUCCGACAUCUGAUGAUGAGCAAAUAAUAAAAAAUCAUUGCUCAUUUGACGAAUAUCGACAUCCAUCUAUGAAAUUUGAAUGGGGAAUUGAUGGAGAUGAAGAAAAAGAUGAGGAAGAAAGGGAAGUUGAUGAGGAAGUGAUGGAGGUCGCAUGCGGCGAUGGGAAAGAGGUCAGAUUUCUG